AUAGACCGAAGGAAUAUGUUUUUGGUUGAGGUUCUUCCUCUGAUUCUCCACUAACAGCAACAGCGUGCUCUCUUUCGUCAAUCAAUCCGUCCAAUCAAUCAAUCUUCGAACAAAUUCUUCCAAUUUCCAGCACUGAAUAAAUCCGCGCACUGUCCAGAACCUCAAUUCCGCACCAGACCUCAGCCAGUAUUUGUUCAAUUUCAGCUAUGGCUCCCAAGGAUCUGUUGAUUUUUCUUGCCCUAGGUGUCGCGGCAUCGUCGCUGCUGGUGAGGGAGGCUUGCGGGAAUUCGGAAGGCGACGCGCUGUACGCUCUUCGCCGGAGCUUGUCGGACCCUGACAAAGUGCUGGAGAGCUGGGAUCCCAAUCUGGUGAACCCCUGCACCUGGUUCCAUCUCACCUGCAACAAAGACAACCGCGUUACUAGGGUGGAUCUUGGGAACUCGAACUUGUCUGGCCAUCUUGUGCCGGAUCUUGGGAAGCUCGAACAUCUGCAGUAUUUGGAACUUUAUAGAAACAACAUUCAAGGAACAAUUCCUGCCGAGCUCGGUAACUUGAAGAACUUAAUAAGUUUGGAUCUUUACAACAACAAUCUAACCGGAAAAAUACCACCAUCGCUGGGAAAUUUGAAAUCUCUCGUCUUUUUACGUGUUAAUGAUAAUCACCUGACUGGACCAAUACCAAGGACCCUUACAGAAACAUCGAGCCUCAAAGUUCUCGAUGUCUCUAAUAACAAUUUAUGCGGCACAAUUCCUACAAGCGGUCCGUUCGAGCACAUUCCUCUAAACAACUUUGAGAAUAACCCUCGACUGGAAGGCCCGGAGCUGCAGGGACUCGUAAGUUAUGACACAAAUUGUUCAUAAAGACAUCGCAUCGAUAGACUACUAUGCAUGUAAUGAUCUUAUUAUUUCCAGUAGUGUACUUACUUUUCCGAUUAUGAAUGUUGAUGGUGUUGUGUGUGUGUUUUCCCGGUAAGAUGCCCCGCCCCACCCCGCCCGGCCCCGGCACUGUAAACUCGCCGUGGUUUCCGGUGUAGGUGACGACGAAAUUGCCAUCGAAUAACUAUUACUAGCUUGGUUGUAAAAGUUAUGGAUGAUGUCUCUUGCUGCUUAAUGUGCAACUACAUGUUUCUGUA